AUGGGUGACGCUACCAUCGAGGGUUCUAAGUGGCGAAUGGUCGAGGUCGGCCGUGUCGUCCUGAUCCAGGGCAACAGCCCCUACGCCGGCCGCCUGGCGACUAUUGUCGAGAUCAUCGACCACAAGCGCGCUCUGGUCGACGGUCCCUCCUCAGACGCUCAGCUCGCCGUUCCCCGCCAGCCCAUCUCCCUCUCCAACGUCCUCCUCUCCUCCCUCAAGGUCGAGGGCCUGCCCCGCGGCGCCCGCACCAGCACCGUCCAGAAGUUCUGGGCCAAGUCCGAGAUCGACGCCAAGUGGAAGGAGACCACCUGGUUCAAGCGCAGCCUCCAGAUUCAGCGGAGAAAGAACCUCACCGACUUCGACCGCUUCAAGGUCCUCCGCCUCAAGAAGCAGCGCCGUUUCGAGCAGCGCAAGGAGCUGGUCAAGGUCAAGGCCUCGGCGUAA